CGAACGUCGACGGCGCGACUCCAGCUCCAAUCCAGCACCUCGCCUCCACCACUCAGUCUGAAGUGGCUUAUACACAAACACUCAAAGCACCGGAGGAACGUUAUCUCACAUCUCAAGUGUCGCGUGCGCCCACGUGAUGAGGCGAGUCUGUCUCGGUAAACAGCGGGAUAGCAAGAUCAACCCGCCCAUUCCUGGCUCUAGCUCUAGGACUUGUGCCCAAACACUCCGCGAACCUCAUCAUGUCAAGUCUUGCGAUGAGCACGGACACGGUAUUGCCUGUAGCGCCAGACUAUGCGAUUGGUUAUUCGACGACGGAGCAGGAAGCCCCGAUUGGGAACGACGGGGGGACGCCGGUCGUGGAGGAACCCUUGCGUCGCGCGGUCAAUCCAUUCUUAGCGGACCUCAUCUCUACCAUCCGCGUCCAAGGACUCGAUCGUGAUCCGGAGGUUGCAAGCAUCUUGCACAAAUUACUCUGUGGUCCGGAUGAGGUCACAACAUUCAUCACCGAGCUCGAGCAGACCGGCAUGAGCUUCCAGUCCAUGAGCUUGCGCGAGAACAAGAGCUAGACGAGGUGGAUGCCUGUGGUGCUUCAGAUAUAUUCGACGUAGCCCGAGCACCCACUGUGUUCAGUAAACGGAGGCCGCCAAAAGGGUGGAGGUGUUCAGGGAAGAGAGCAUGGCGCGGGAAUAUUUGUGUAUUUACAAGCAACAGGAUAUUCGUUUCUGAGAAUGCUAUGAUGUAUUAC